AUGUUCGAAGCGAAGUUUCGAAAUCUCGCGAUUUUUAGACAGCUCAUCAACACCGUGGAUAAGACUGUGAAUCUUUUGAAUUUCUCAUGCGACAUCAAUGGGAUGAGUAUGGAAUCAAUGAAUGGAGCCAAAUGUAUCUACAUCUCCAUGUUUUGGCCAAAAUCGGAAUUUCAAAAGUACUUUUGCGACAAAAAGACCGGCUGGACGAUCGACGCGAAAAUUCUCUCAAAGACCCUGAAAAUGAGUGAAUUAGACAGCGAGACUUGUAUUCUAAAGCUCACCGACGACAACCCCGACGAAAUUCUGGUCGAAUUCAACAAUGCCCAAUCCGGUUUGGUUAGAAAAGUUUACAUGAAACUUAUGGAGCACGAAGAUAUCUAUUUCCCCGCAUUCUCCAAUGUCGACAUCAAAUUCAUAAUUGAUUCGAAGGAUUUUCAACAAGAGAUUGCCAAGAUGAUUUCAUGCAAAAAAGUGCAGAUUCAGGCGACAGAAAAUUCGGUGAUUUUCAAAGGGAAAACUGAUCUACAGAGAAUCCACAUCGAGUUUCCAUUACACUCAAAUCACAACAAUGAUACGUCGUUGGAAGUCAUGGAUUCCUAUUUCAGAGAUAAUAACUCAGUUUUCUUGAGAAAGAUGGUUACGAAAGCGAGUAAAAUGAGUGGAAGAAGUGAGACGGUCGAGUUGAAAUUUCUGAAUGGAAUCUGUUGUGUCGAGUAUAAGAUCAGAGAUAAUGGACACAUUCGAUUCUUUUUGGCACCGGUAGUCGAUGGCGCAUCGAUGCAUCAAUAA